CUGUCAGCAAGGAAGGACACUGUGAGCCAGGCACAGCAACACACACACACACUCACUCUCUCUCACACACACACAGUCAAUCAUACACACACUGGAUCGCGCAUGCGCGUGCACAGGCAGCCAGUGGCGAGUGCACAGGAGAGGCCAGAGAGAAGCAGCGGAGCAGGGGAUCGGCCGUGAGUCGCAGGCCCCCAUCACAGAGCACCGAACCGGGAGAGGAGACCACUGACAGGCCCUGGUGGCUAUUCCUGUCUACAACUCACCAACUCUUAUACAUACUUACAUACACACCAGUGGGACCUCCCCACCUCACACACACUCUCACACACUAGUGGGGAGUCCCCCCCCACGGCCAGAGGAGAGGCAAGAUGGCGGGGGCCUCGGUCAAGGUGGCGGUGCGGGUGCGGCCGUUCAACAACCGAGAGAUCGGCAAGGAGAGCAAGUGCAUCAUACAGAUGUCAGGAAACACCACAACUAUCUUGAACCCCAAGCAGCCAAAAGAGAAUAAAAGCUUCAAUUUCGACUACUCUUAUUGGUCCCACACAACGCCAGAGGACCUGAACUAUGCGUCCCAGAUGCAGGUGUAUAAGGACAUCGGUGAGGAGAUGCUCCUUCACGCCUUCGAGGGCUACAACGUCUGCAUCUUCGCUUACGGCCAGACGGGCGCCGGCAAGUCCUACACCAUGAUGGGCAAGCAGGAGAAAGACCAGGAGGGCAUCAUACCACUGCUGUGUGAGGACCUCUUCACUAAAAUCAGUGAUGGCAGCAAUGACAACAACUUGUCCUACUCUGUAGAGGUGAGCUACAUGGAGAUCUACUGUGAGCGCGUGCGGGACCUGCUGAACCCCAAGAACAAGGGGAACCUGCGGGUGCGAGAGCACCCCCUCAUGGGGCCCUACGUGGAGGACCUGUCCAAGCUGGCCGUCACCUCCUACAGUGACAUCCAGGACCUCAUGGACUCUGGCAACAAGGCCAGAACUGUGGCUGCCACCAACAUGAAUGAGACCAGCAGCCGCUCGCACGCAGUCUUCAACAUUAUCUUCACCCAGAAAAAACACGAUGCAGACUCGGACAACACCUCAGAGAAGGUCAGUAAAAUCAGCCUGGUCGAUCUGGCAGGGAGCGAGCGAGCAGAUUCCACCGGGGCCAAAGGAACCAGACUGAAGGAAGGAGCAAACAUCAAUAAGUCCCUGACUACACUGGGGAAGGUCAUCUCUGCGCUGGCUGAAGUGGAUUCAGCACCAAAUAAGAACAAGAAGAAGAAGAAGGUGGAGAGUUUCAUUCCGUACAGAGACUCAGUCCUCACUUGGCUACUGAGGGAGAAUCUGGGUGGUAACUCUCGCACUGCUAUGGUGGCUGCCCUCUCCCCUGCUGAUAUCAACUAUGAUGAGACUCUAAGCACACUGAGGUAUGCUGACCGUGCCAAGCAGAUCCGCUGUAACGCGGUGAUCAACGAGGACCCCAACAACCGUCUGGUGCGGGAGCUGAAGGAGGAAGUGGCCCGACUCAAGGAGCUGCUGUACGCCCAGGGCCUGGGAGACAUCAUCGAGAUGACCAAUGCCAUGACGGGGAUGAGCCCCUCCCCCUCCAUCUCCGCCCUGUCCACCGCCCUGUCCAGCCGCGCCGCCUCCGUCACCAACCUGCACGACCGCAUCUUCAGCCCCGCCAGCGAAGAGGCCAUCGAGAGGCUGAAGGAAACAGAGAAGAUCAUCGCAGAGCUGAACGAAACCUGGGAGGAGAAGCUACGACGCACAGAAGCCAUCCGCAUGGACAGGGAGGCCCUCUUAGCUGAGAUGGGCGUCGCCAUACGGGAGGAUGGAGGCACAGUGGGCGUGUUCUCCCCCAAGAAGACUCCGCACCUGGUGAACCUGAAUGAGGACCCUCUAAUGUCGGAGUGUCUUCUCUACUACAUCAAGGAUGGCAUUACCAAGGUGGGUCGUGAGGAUGCCAUUGGUCGUCAGGACAUCGUGCUGAGCGGCCACUUCAUCAGGGACGAGCACUGCAUCUUCACUAGCGCCACCACCCCCACCGGGGACACGCUGGUCGUCCUGGAGACUUGUGAGGGGGCGGAGACUUACGUCAACGGCAAGAGAGUCAGCGGCCCUACCAUCCUCAGAUCAGGCAACCGCAUCAUAAUGGGGAAGAGCCACGUGUUCCGCUUCAAUGACCCGGAGCAGGCGCGGCAGGAGCGGGAGAGGACGCCGUGCGCCGAGACCCCCGUGGAGCCCGUGGACUGGGCCUUCGCCCAGCGGGAGCUGCUGGAGAAACAGGGCAUCGACAUGAAGCAGGAGAUGGAACAGAGACUGCAGGAGCUUGAGGAUCAAUAUCGCAGAGAGAGAGAGGAAGCCAGCAACCUGCUGGAGCAGCAGAGACUGGACUACGAGAGUAAGCUGGAGGCAUUGCAGAAGCAGGUGGACUCUCACUAUUGGCCAGACGCCACUGAGGAAGAGGAGGAGCCAGAGGAAGAAGUGCCCUGGACCAAGCGUGAUCGUGAGCUGGGCUUAUGGGCCUUCCGUAGGUGGAGGUGCUACCAGUUCACCUCCCUCAGGGACCUGCUGUGGGGAAACGCCAUCUUCCUGAAGGAGGCUAAUGCCAUCAGCGUGGAGCUCAAGAAAAAGGUGCAGUUCCAGUUCGUGCUGCUGACGGACACCCUGUACUCUCCGCUGCCCCCCGACCUGCUGCCCCCCAGCGCCCCCCAGGAGAGGGAGACGCGCCCCUUCCCCCGCACCAUCGUGGCCGUCGAGGUGCAGGACCAGAAGAACGGGGCCACACACUACUGGACCCUCGACAAGCUCAGGCAGCGUCUGGAGCUGAUGAGGGAGAUGUAUGAUCGGGCUGCUGAGUUGCCCAGCCCCGCCCUGGAGGAGUGUGAGGCCGGCCUGAGCGGAGGAGACCCCUUCUAUGACAGAUUCCCCUGGUUCCGCCUGGUCGGCAGGGCAUUUGUGUAUCUGAGUAACCUGCUGUAUCCUGUGCCCUUGGUGCACCGCGUGGCCAUUGUGAGUGAGAAGGGCGAGGUCAAGGGCUUCCUCAGGGUGGCGGUGCAGGCCAUCUCAGCUGAUGAAGAGGCCCCAGACUAUGGCUCAGGUGUGCGACAAUCAGGAACAGCAAAGAUCUCCUUUGAGGACCAACAGUUUGAGAAGUUCCAGCUGGAGGCGGGCUCAGGCGGCGUGAGUCUCUCAGGUGGUGUGAGUCACUCCGGUGGGGCAUCUCAGGAGGAGCUGCGUUUCGUAGAGGGGGAGGGCGGAGCUCCGGAGGUCAACUCUCUUGCCGACGAGGUCAACAACAACACCUGCCUAGUCUCUCCAGAUACUCCCGGUAGCCCGCUGAAGAGUGGCUUAGAGUGCCCCCUGGAGGGUGGCCUGGAGAAGGCCAUGCAGCAGCACCUGCGUCUCGGCUCCGAGUUCACCUUCAGGGUGACGGUCCUUCAGGCCUCCAGCAUCCCGGCCGAGUACGCAGACAUAUUCUGCCAAUUCAACUUCAUCCAUCGGCAUGACGAGGCGUUCUCCACAGAACCCCUGAAGAACACUGGACGAGGACCCCCCCUGGGCUUCUACCAUGUGCAAAAUAUCACAGUGGAGGUGACCAAGUCCUUCAUAGAGUACAUGCGGACGCAGCCCAUCGUGUUUGAGGUGUUUGGCCACUACCAGAAGCAGCCCUUCCCAAUGCUCUGCAAAGACCUCAUCAGUCCCUUGCGGCCCAGCAGGAGGCAGUAUCCCAGGGUCAUGCCCUUAUCCAAACCAGUACCUGCCACGAAGCUCAGCUCAGUGGCGCCCCCUACCGCCGGUCCUUGCCACUGCAAAUACGAUCUCAUGGCCUUCUUUGAGAUCUGUGAACUGGAGGCCAAUGGAGACUACAUUCCUGCAAUAGUGGACCACCGGGGAGGGAUGCCGUGCCACGGCACUUUCUUACUGCACCAGGGUAUCCAGAGGAGGAUCACCGUGACGAUCGCCCACGAAACAGGAAAUGACAUCGAAUGGAAGGAAGUACGAGAGCUUGUCAUCGGGCGUAUCAGGAACACCCCUGAGGCAGACGAGACCAUCAUUGACCCCAACAUCUUAUCACUCAACAUCCUGUCGGCAGGAUACCUACAGCCAGCUUAUGAUGACAGUGUGUCCCUCGGCAAUGAUCAUAGGACGUUCUAUCGUUUUGAGGCUGCUUGGGACAGCUCCAUGCACAACUCUCUCCUCCUGAACCGAGUCACGCCCUACAGCGAGAAGAUAUACAUCACUCUCUCAGCAUACCUGCAGAUUGAGAACUGUACCCAGCCCACGGUCAUCACUAAGGACCUAUGCAUGGUCUUCUACUCCAGAGACACCAAGCUGCCGGCCUCCUGCUCCAUCAGGAACCUCUUCAGUACGGGAUCACUACGCCCCACAGAGGGGAGUCGAGUCACUGGUGUGUAUGAGCUCAGCCUGUGUCACCUGGCUGACGCCGGAAGUCCAGGUAUGCAGCGUCGUCGUAGGCGUGUGCUGGACACCUCGGUGGCGUAUGUGCGUGGGGAGGAGAACCUAGCAGGCUGGAGGCCUCGCAGUGACAGCCUGAUCCUGGACCACCAGUGGGAACUGGAGAAACUCAGCCUGCUGCAGGAGGUGGAGCGUACGCGUCACUACCUGCUGCUGCGUGAGAAGCUGGAGGCCCUAUGGGGUGUGCAGAUGCAGAUGCAGGAGGGGGGGGGCCUGCUGAUGUGUGGCGGAGGAGGAGGAGGGGGCAAGGAGCUGAUCAUGGACGCCCCGCUCAGCCCCCACUCCCCCACCACCACACUCCCCCUGGCCGCCCUCGACAUCCCCAGCCAACGCCAGAGGGAGCUCACUGCCAAGUGUCUGCGUCUGCUCAUGCACACCUUCAACCGCCAGUACAGCCAGGUGAGCAGCAGCGCCAGUGAGGGCAAGCUCUCUGCACUGCUGUUGAGAGACUCCUCUUCGCUGAGCUCUCUGACCCCCUCCUCCACCUGCCCCUCCCUCCUGGACGGUCACUAUGGCAACACUGACUUCAGAUGUGACUCUGGGGCCUCCAGUCCUGAUCUGGACCCCUUCAGCCCAGACGAGAGGAAGACCAAACUCACCUUCAUCCCCAACAUACAAGAGAUACGCGUCAGCCCCAUCGUGUCCAAGAAGGGCUACCUGCACUUCCUGGAGCCGCAGUCGCGCGGGUGGCAGCGUCGCUACGUGGUGGUGCGGCGGCCCUACGUCUACCUGUACCGCAGCGAGCGGCACACGGUGGAGCGGGCCAUCAUCAACCUGUCCAACGCCCAGGUGGAGUACAGCGAGGACCAGCGCACACUGCUCAGGACCCCCAACACGUUUGCAGUGUGUACGGAGCACAGGGGGAUCCUAGUGCAGGCCACUAAUGACAAGGAGAUGCACGACUGGCUCUACGCAUUCAACCCCCUACUGGCUGGCACCAUCAGGUCCAAACUUUCCAGGAGGAAGUCCCAGACCAGCAUAUGAAAUCAAAGCAUCAUGGGAAUUCCUCUCAUUAUACUGUAACCCCAUCUCUCCCCUCUCCACCCCACCACACCUGAUGGCGCUAUCCCACCCAGGAACCAGGAAAAAAAUGAAAAGAAGAACCCCUUAACAACCCUCUGUAGAACUCUCUAGAACAAUCUAGACACUCUAGAAUGCAGAGAAUUCUAGAACCCCCAAACAACAGUUAAAAAAUCCCUGUAGACAGCUGAACAAUUAUGUCUUAUUGUGUACAGUAUACAUUGAUCAUGUAAGAUGUAGCGCACACUGAAACCCGCACACACACACUCACACACUUACAGACUUAAUUGUACUAUUUAUUGUGCUUGCUUUGUCGUGAUUUCAGUCCUUGCUAACAUCGCUCUGUGUGUGUGUGUGUGUGUGUGUGUGUGUGUGUGUGUGUGUGUGUGUGUGUGUGUGUAUGUGUGUGUGUGUGUGCGUGUGUGUGUGUGUGUGCACGCGCGUGUGUGUGUGUGAGUGAAGUGUGGAACAUAAUUUAAUCAUUUAUCCAUCAUCCCUGGACGUGAAUAUCCAACAGAAUCUGCAGUGAUGUAACGUUUGCUGUGUAUUGCAUGUGGUCCAGUUGUACUCCACCGUUCUAUUUGAACUUGCUGCUUUAUCCUUAUACUUCAUCCUUUCUGAAAGGUGUGAUGUACUUGUAUUUAUUUUUAUUUUUAUUUUAUGUCUAUGUAGAGGUGUAACUUCAUUUUUUAUUUCUUUGGAGUAGGGUUUUGUACUUAAAUUUCAUCACAGGGCACUUUUCUUUUUUGUUUAUGUUUACGCAUCUAUCCCAAAGGUGUGUGUGUGUGUGUGUGUGUGUGUGUGUGUACUCGUUCUUGUUAUAAGACGUAAGACAUAUUUACCAACCCUUAUACGAUUCAGCAGUAUCAGUGUUAAUGUCCUACAUCUUAAUGGCUGCCUAAACAUAUCUCCAGUUACACCGUAGCGUCUAAUGGAACGUCGUGCUGUAAGCCCACCGCACACCGGCUCCGAAAAAGUGCAGACCACAUGCUCUGCCGAUGGAAAAUUCUGUUGUUUUCAAUACAACCGUGCACGACGGCGCCAAAAUCUGCAGGCGUCGGCUAUUGAUUUCGAUUGACGUCUGUAUUUUGAUGGAGACGCUCAUUAAAAUCCAUAGUUCAAUUCACAAUGCUACUAUGCUUGUUUGCUACAUAAAGUGCGCCGCCAGUGUGCAAGCGGGCGUGGGCUAAUCGAAAUUGUGGAUCGUAACCGAAACUGCAAUUCGUAAUGCUGUCGGAACCGGUGUGUGCGUAGGCCUAUAUACUGUAAACGUCCAGUGGUGCGCCUUGUUGAAGACUGCUGACUGACGCGCCCUCUCCCCGUGUCUGCAUGUGGGAUAAACUGUGUCCUUAAUUAACCCUUACUACUGUACCAAACGUGUAUAACCAUAUGCCCCUCGUUCCUUACGGGCGCUAAGAGCAUUACCUUUUUAUAGAGAUCAGAUAAUAAGAUAAGUCAGUGGACCAUGUAAGCGUUCUCCAUGUGGUUUUUCCCUUAUAGAAAAUGGUGGGAGGUUGGAGUGACGGUGUGUUGUGAGAGGAGUGAAGAGGCAUGUGUAGUGCAGUGCCAUGGCUGGCUGUGUGUGUGUGUGUGUGUGGGAGAGAGGGAUUGGGUGUGGGUGGUUGGCUGUGCGGGUGUGUUUUGGGAGAGAGAGAGAGACAUAGAGAGACAAGAAGAGAAGAAGAUAGGCAUACACAUUUGGAGGUAUCGGUGUGUACUUAUUUCUUGGCAUGUGUGUGUCUUAGUAACAUCUGACGUGUGUGUGUAUGUGUCUGUUUAUCUGUUUGCAUAUCUAAUGUAAAUGGGGGUCAGUUAGAGAUCAUUGUCAAGGUUGCAAGCCAGUUAAACGUAAAAAAAAAAUUGCUCCCCUGCUGCCUUAAAUUUGUUUUGUUUACUCAACUGGAGACUUAACUCAACUCAACGCUCUUUCAAGUUGAGUUGACUUACAAACUUAAGGCAGCAGGGCAACUUCCUUGUUUAUGUUUAACUCGCUUAAGAGAAACUAAAAGUAAAAUCCCUGCCAGAAAUUUGAUCUGACCAGCUGAUCAUGACGCCUACUCACCAGUGGUGGAUCGCUUAACUCGGUGAAGUUGCCUGUGUUGCAAAGAAACUGUGGCUGGGAUUUUAUUUUCUGAAAUGGGUUUUUUGACACUUUUAGGGAGGAUGUGUCAUAUCGGAGGCCGCACUGCUUCUGGUCAACCAGCCAGGCGAGCAUGUGGUCCAGUCAGAGCCUUGAGCCUUGAGCCAGGUAGCUCACAGAGCACGCUCAGAUUCUGAUAUGUCACAAGACUCCUUCGAGCAGGCUCACAACGCCCCCAGCAAAGCAGGCAUGCAAACUGCACAUGAUGUGAGGCAUAGUCCACCACAGGAUAAGUAGAAAGCGCAACCAAGUGUGUUUGGUAUUAAAGGAAUGAUGAAGCGAGAUGUUUAUUUGUCUGUAUGUCUACUGUGUGGCUGUGUGCAAGUGUGAUGGCAUGUGUCCAAUGUGUGUGUGUGUGCGUGCGUUCCUUUGUGUACUGUGUAUUAUAGUAUCCGCGACCUUUGACCUUUCAUAAUCUUACCUGUAUGUAACCUUCAGUGUAUGACCUUGUGUGUGUGUGUGUGUGUGUGUGUGUGUGUGUGUGUGUGUGUGUGACAGCUUCUCCAAUGGCUUCUAACUUGUCCCUAAACUCACCUAUGGUGUAUGAGAGGCAACUGGAGUAAACUGAAGUGGACUUAUGGUGGCCCCUGUGGCAUCUAGCAUUUAACAUGUCUCUGAACUCAUCUGUGGCGUAUGAGAGUUGGGUGGAGUGAAGGUAAUGCGAGGGGGUACACUGUGCGAUUUUUGGCCUAAUUUUGUCAGUUGCAUGACUUUCAAUCGUAGGUCGCUCAAUCGUAGGUCAAUUGAGCAUCUUGCAUCAUGUGGUGUACAUGGGGAAGCGACAAGAGAUUUCACCUUGCGACCAGCUCCCCCCGAUCAACAAUCGUAUGGUCAAAAGAAAAUGAAAACUGUUUGAAAGCCUGGUCAUCCCUCGAGAGUUAAGCUUAAUCACCCUGUUGAAGCAGUGCUAUGCGCCGUUUUGACACUACCUGCGCAUGCGUCCGUGCGCAAAAAGGCGCAUGUUGCCAGUGCAGCGCAUUUUUCUCUUGAGCGCAUCCUCGCAUCCACCUCAGGUGUGCGUUUCACUUCCAAGUUUUUAUCAUCUGCAGUUCCAGGAUUCAAGUCUUUCACGCCAUAUAUGAUUCACUCAUACAGUGAUUCACUCAUUCAGCAGGAGCCUGAAUACCUGCAACUGAAAAGAUCGUACAGUGUACGCCCAGCUUUACGCCUUUAUGCUGGUGGUAUCUAACGUCGCUUAUCGUACCUGUGGCAUGUGCCAGUUGGGUGGAGGGAGGCUAAGGUGGUAUGUAAUGUGUCUCGAAACUCACCUGUCUAAGGGGAAAUAAACAUGAACUGUGUACA